AGUGAGUCCAUGCUGAUUGCAGUAGGUUUGGACUAAACUCCAUAAAAAUAGUCACAUAAAUUAAUAAUAAAUUAAUAUCAUGCUGUACCAGUAAAAAAAAAAAGUUGACAUAUGGCUAUCAAUGCAUCUAUAAAACAAACCGACUCCUCCUCCUUAUCUCAGCUAUGGACCAAUAAAAACUCUGAGAUGUUUGUUACCUGUCACGAAAUCUGUGAAUCGUGACUCGGUUCACACACAGCUCAACAGCAAAAUCUGAGUUAAUAGUCUUGAAAUAAGACUACUGGAUAGACUUCAAUAGUGCUGUUUUUCUUUUGUACUUGAUGGAAAAAAACAUUCUGCACCCUUUAUAAUAAUACUAAGUAAUUUGCAUUUCAACAGUUGGCAAAUUCUAUAAAAUUAUAACAACGCAUCCUCAUGGCUAGGAAUUUUAUUUAUCAAGAUGUGUUUUCAUGCAGAAUGCUUCAGCCAGAGCUUCUACUGCUUUAACCCAUUUUUGACAACAAAAGAUUCAGUCAAAAACAUUUUUUCAGCAUUUAAAACCCAUCAUAAUGCAGGAAAUCGCAUCGAGAUUCUUAAUUCUUGGAGGACCUCGAACCUCCCCAUUAGCUUUCCAUUCUUCUUUGACUUUUGUGGGAAAAAGAAUCUUUUACUUGCUUUCUCUGUAUUUCAAAGCUGUAUUUCAAAGCUUCAGUCAGGGUUGGUCACACCAACCCUGACUGAACACAGAUGAUGGCGCUUCGUCUCCUCUCUACACUGAUCCUGCUCUCUACCAGCGGCUCUGUCUGUGGACUGAUGAUCCUCGAGGUUUUGGGAAACGAUGUUAAAUUCCCUUUUAGCGCGUCAUGUGGAGCAGAGAAGACUCAGCGUCUGUUCCUCCAUGUGAGAGGUUCUCCCCCCCGGCUGGUAGCGUCUCGGACUGGAGCUCAGGUCUCUCCUGGACCACUUUACACUGACAGACUGAACCACAGCGACUCUCUUCUCCUCCUGAAACUCGUGAGGAUGAACGACGCCGGACUCUACGAGCUGACAUGUAACGACCGUGUAGAGACUCUGAUGGAGCUGCAGCUCUUCUUCCCGGUGGAAACGGUCUCUGCUGAGGGGCAAACCGUGGAUCUCCCGUGUCAUUCCGUUACACUCGGUGGAUCCGUGGAGAGUGUGAAGUGGGAGAAGAGCAGCGGACAGGUGGUGCUGGAGGUGGACGGACUCUCUGGAAGCUGGACUCCGGGGGAAGAGUUUCAAGGAAGCCGGCUGUCAGUGUCCAGGGACUGGAAGGAAACAGGGGACUUGUCGCUCCGGAUGGAGGUGAAGGAGGAACACGGAGGACUUUUCUUCUGCUCGGUAACAGAAGGCAGAGUGAAGACCUUGAAGGCAGCAGUGAGGCUGACAGUCAGACCGAACAUCACGGAUCCAGAGAGCAGCGAGACCAGCGAGCAGCCUCAGGAGUCACACUGUGCUGAGGUUUAUUGGCGUAAACUCUUCAUCACAGCAGCAGUUGUCCUGAGCCUAAUUCUGCUUCUGUUCAUGGCUGCUGCUGGAUGUUUUCUGAAAAUAAUCAGGCGAGCUGUUCUGAAGGCAUCAUCACAAGACAGAAAGAAAGAAGACGAGAGCAACACAAAUCCAAGAGGGGCUGAAGAAGGUCUGUCCUCUUCAGGAUCAGACACCAGUGAGAAAACCUGCUUGAGGACCAGAGAGAGUCUCUGAUUUCUCCUCCUGAUCUUUCAAUUUGUUUCAGUUUCAAUUCAGCUUCAUUUAUAUUGUGUCAAACACAACAGUCAUUUCUGGAGACUUUGACAGAGAAAUAGAAAGUUGGUGGUGGCAACUUCACACACACACACACCCACACACACACACACACACACACACACACACACACACACACACACACAGAGGGGGGGCAACAGAAAAACAGAAUCCACAGAUCAGAAGCGCUGUUCUGCCAUGUUCAACAACGUGUGAUCAUUAACCACAUUGCUAAAAAGCACAAAGAGCGACAAAACAAGUGAUAAGUUAACCAGCUCUCACCUUUAGUAGAGCUGGAGUCUCCUCUUUUUUUUAAUUUUGAACAGCACAACACUUCAUAUUGAUUUGACCAAGCCAGUGGAGUUUACUGUUGUUUUUAAAGCACAUAAACUUUUUUUCUUAAUGAAAUACUAUAUUUUGACUGAGGGGGCGAGGCAGUCUGCGCGAGGGGGCAAUGCUCCCAGCAGAUUGGAGUCUGAAAACCUGCUCUGAGUUCAUCUGAUAGUGUUAGUGCGCCACCUACUGGGGAAAAUACUUUGUGUGUGAAUAAAAAUAAUAAUUUCCCCAGCAGUAUUACUGCGAUACAUGAAGUGAAACCUUGGAGUAUUUUACUUUUUACAGUAAAAUCUCCCUUUUUCUCUUUUUGUAUAUAAUUGUUUUCUGUUAGUUACACAACAAAAUAUCAAACACAGUCAUUGUCACAGAAGGACUGAGAGAUGGACAUGAGGGACCUUUCAAUGGUCCUCUGCUGUAAUGACAACACAUCUAAACAGUUUAACUUCCAGUGUUCACACAAUGCCAAAGAGACAAUGCAUUCUGGGGACAAUGAUCGUUUGUAUGAGAAAUGUAGUUUUGAAACAAGAGCGAACAGUUUUUGGACAGAUAUGAGGUUUUGUAAGUGAACCAUGGUGUUAAGCUGAACUGGAAGACUGUUCACAAAGAUCUUAGAGUUUGGAGAAUAUAAUUUCUGGUUCAAGAAAUGAGUCAGUGAGUUUUUUCUUAAUGUCUCUGCACUCCUGUUCACCUGUGUAGUGAUGGCAAGAAACAGACAAUGUGACACAGAAAAUUUGGCCUUGCAAAAUAAAUAAAUAAAUAAAUAAAUAAAUAAAUAAAACACAAUUAUUUUAUCACAACAAACAUCUUUAUUCCUUAUAAGUGUAUUUUAGGUAUGAAAAGUUUAACUUUGAUGCAAAAACAUUCAUAAACAGUUCCGAUGUUAAAAUGCUGAACAGAUGUACUGUUUAAUGUCUUUUUAAAUAAAAAUCUC